UCCAAAAUGGAAUUCAAUUUCGAAAAAUCGUUUCAAAUAUUUCUAACGCCCAUGAAACUAAUGCGCACCCACCCAAAAAUUGACAAGAACUUCAAAUGGUUCAUUCAAUACUGUUUCUUUCAUUUACCGUUCACUAUUCAUUACAUAAUUAUAACUUACAACUCCUAUUUGAACGCAAAGAACAACAAUUUUUCUGCAGCCUGCAAAAAUGGCAUCAUCAGCCUAACUUUCCUCGGAAUCUGGUUAAACAACAUGAUCAUGCUUUGGCAUAAGGAUGCGAUGAACAGACUCUUGGACUUGAUGGCAGAAGACUACAAAAUGGCCGCUAAAUUGUCUAAAGAAGAACAGGAGAUCUUCAAAAGAUAUGACUUAAAGAAGACUCUCGUUUGCAAAGUCUGGUUGGUCGUAUACAUUAUAUCGUUUCUUCUCUUCUGUGUCAAGGCUAUUGUGAUGAUGGUCUAUUAUCUUCUUAUUGGAGAGCCUAGACUAGUGCAUUUAUAUGACCUGGUCUACCCAGAUGUAAUCGAGAGAAGGAAGGGAGAGUUCUUCAUGUUCAUACUUAUAACAGUCUUCAUAUUCUCUUACGGUCUUUAUGCUGGGUUGGUAUACAUGAGUUUUCUUCCUUGUGGGCCUGUGUUCAUGCUGCACGCGUGCGGUCACUUGGAGAUGGUCAAAAGACGCACGGAAAUUCUUUUUGAUGGAGACGAAGAAGACAUAAAUGAAAGGUUGAGAGAAAUUGUGCUAAUUCUUCAGUAUACAUACAAAUUCGUUGGCAUAGUGAACGAUUGUUUCAAAGUAUUUUACGAAGCCACAUUAAAACUAUCCGCCGUAUCCCUUCCAGUCACCUUCUACUCAUUGCUUGAGGGUCUCCAACGUGGAUUAUUAAGUUUGGAAUUUGCAUCAUUUAUCCUGAGUGGUAUGGCGCUCAGCAGUGCCCCAUGUUACUUCAGCGAUAUGUUGAUGGCUAAGGGAGAAGAAGUGCGACUAGCGCUGUACUCGUGCGGCUGGGAGUGUGAGUACAACCGGCGCGUGCGCAUCACUAUACUGCUGCUACUCACGCGCUGCUCCCGGCCUAUAGCCGUGCAGACUAUGUUCACUACUCUCUGUCUUGAUAGGCUGACAGAUAUGUUUCAACAAGCUUACACAAUAUUCAAUCUCAUGAACGCAGUGUGGAGCUAA